AUGGCCCCUUCUGGCUCGACAGGUCGCACGACAGCCGCCUCACGACGCGCCUCGCAGCGCGCCCAACCCGACACGCCGUCGUCCGACCCCGCGCGUCCUCCAAGACGAACAGCCGUCGCCAACUCGCCCUACGCCAGCAAGGAGGGGUCAGGGAAGGGCAAAGACAAGGCACAGAGUCCGUUAAAGGGCAAGGACAAGCGCACGAGCAAGCCUGCGCUGCCGGUCAAGCGUGUGAAGAAGGACCGCGGCGCGGGGAAGAAGCAGGCGGCGAGCGACGACGAGGGCGAGGCGGCGGACGGAGAGGGUCAGGCUGUGUGUGCCGAGUGUCAGAAAACUGGCAAGGACGCGACCUGGGUCGAAUGCGACAGAUGCGAGAAGCGGUACCACCGGUCCUGCCUCUCGUCGGAUCCCGCAGAAGACGCCGCGAAGAUUGGCAAGUGGCUCUGCUCGACCUGCUCCGCGACGUCUCCGGUCUCGCCAACUUCCCCUCCCUCCGAACCAGCUCCGGCUACGAACUGCUCGACGAAGAACGACUCGACCGACACGCGCGUCUCCUCGCCCUUGUCUUCCGUCAAUUCUUCGCCCGGCCCUGAACCGAAAGCUCAGCUCGAAGUCGCGCCCCCGCCUGCCCCCGUCGCCGAAUCGAGCACAACCGCACCUGCGCUGCCUCCAGCACCAGUCGAGCCUGCGGAUCUCACCGAACCCGCUCAGCCCAUCGCCUCGACCUCCUCACUCCUCGCUCUCGCUUCUCCCCUUUCUUCCCAACCAGCCCUGCGCAAGUCCUCCCGCACAACCCGCGCAAAAGGCAUCGACUACGCCAAUCUGGACCAACAUCUUCCCGCGUCUGUCGAUCGGUGGAUCAGCACGAUCUCUGCGCGUGAAGCGAGCGGCGGGAUCGUUGAUGGAUUCACUGAGGGAGGGUUCAGGAAGUUUGGUGAUGGAAGGGAAUUGGGUGCGAGGGAGGUCGAGGAGUGGAUUUAUGGGAUUGGAGAGGGUCCUAACGGGGGCCUGGGGAAGAGAGGAGAGGGCAUGACGGAACCAUUUGUGGUCGAGAGGCCGGAGGGAUUGGGGAUGGAGAUGCCGCCGCCUAGUACGACGGUGAAAGACGUGGCUGAGCUCGUCGGCCCUUCGACUCCCCUCGAAGUCAUCGACUGCGCCUCCCAAUCCUCGCUCUCUAACUGGACACUUGGACAAUGGGCGACGUACUACGAGGACCCGCAACGCGACAAGAUCCGAAACGUCAUCAGCCUUGAGGUUAGCGAGAGUCAGUUGGGAAGGAUGGUCAAGGCGCCUGAGCUUGUUAGGAAACUCGACUGGGUCGACAAUGUGUGGCCGGACGACAUGAAGAUUCCGGGGCAGUAUCCGCGAGUUCAGAAGUACUGCUUGAUGAGCGUCGAGCGCUGCUGGACCGACUGGCACGUCGACUUCGCCGGCUCGUCCGUCUUCUACCACGUUCUGCGCGGCGGCAAGACCUUCUUCUUCAUCCGCCCGACACCCGCCAACCUCGCCGCAUACGAGAAGUGGUCCGGCUCGAGCGAGCAGCAGGAACAGACUUGGCUUGGGGAUAUGGUUGACAAGGUGUAUCGUGUUGAUUUGAAGGAGGGGAACACGGCGUUUAUCCCGACGGGUUGGAUCCAUGCGGUGUACACGCCGGCCGACUCGCUGGUCAUCGGCGGCAACUUUGUCCACUCGCUCAACAUCUCGACGCAACUCGAGGUGUACCGCAUCGAGAUCGCCACUCGCGUUCCGCGCAAGUUCCGCUUCCCCUUCUUCGUCAAACUCCUCUGGCUUGUCGCUCUCCACUACUACACCCUCCUCUCGUCCCCUCCAAGCCCUCUGCCCGCCGACUUGCGCUCCCCUCGCGUCCUCGCCGGCUUGAAGGACCUCUCGUCAUUCCUCAUCGAGCAGACGACCCGCUUCGCGAAAGGUGCCAACGUCUCGAACGAGCGGCGCAAGAUUGCGAGGGAGAACGUCCCGUGGAACAAGGUACCCGACCCGGUCACGCUCAGCCGUGAGUUCAGGAAGGCGGUUCUCAAGGCCCGGGGCGAGCCGCUUGACGAAGAGUGCUUCCUCCCGCACGUCGCGCACAUUGACGAGCCCGCGGCGAACGGAGCAGGAGCGAAGCGCAAGGCCGAGUCGCUUGAGCCGGAUGCGCAGGCUGCGCUCGCAGCCAAGGCAAAGGUGCGGCGCACGUCGAACGGUGUCGGGCCGCCGUACGGGCCGGCGAACGGAGCGGGAGCAGACGGCGAGAUCAUCGGGCGCCAGACGAUUCCCGUCGUCAGCGUCUCGAGGCGGGAGGAGCGGAUCGACCCGCGUGGGUCGGCGAAGAAGGGCGCGAUGGUGGCCGACAUCAAGGAGAGUCGGAGCACGCAGAGUGUUGUCAGGCGGUGGGAGCAUGACCCGCUCGAUCCGAACGGGAAGAGCGGACCGGUCGUCGAGACGCGGACGGUCAUCACCAUCGUUGAGCGGGUCAAGUUCCCUGCGGCCAGCUCGCGAGCGUACCAGCCGUACGCUCCCUCGUCGAACUCGGCAUCGUACCAGUCGAACGGCAUCGGCCCUCCCGCUCCGCCCUCGAUCACCGCCGUGCCCGGUUCAGCCGCCGCCAUGACCCACCAUCCCGCGAACUUGCAGACGCAGAACGCCGCUCCCUACUCGCCUUACGGCUGGCCUUACCAUUACACUCUCACCGACUCGAACGGCUACGCGCUUGGUACAGCUCCGCCUCCGCAGUAUCAGUACUCGUCCGCUCAGCCGCAUCACUACGCCAGCCAACCUCAGCAAUCGAGCUGGAACCUCCCGUCGUACGGAUCGGCGACGCUCCCGCCUCCUCCACCUCAGCAACCAACCUACCAGUCGCACCCCGGAUCGCAGUCUAGUCUUCCGCCGCUUCCCGCUCUCCCUUCUUCCUCGAUGCCGCCUCCUCCGCUUCCUCAGCCCAAGGCGCCUCAGAGCGCCGCAUCCUCCGCCUCGACGCUUCCGCCUCCGCCAUUCUAG